AUUCGCCGUCCAACCAUGGAUCGUAACGUUCGAUUUCCGUUCAACGCCGGAUUCUUGCCGCUGGUGACGGCUAUUAGACGCCCACCGCCGCCCCAGCCAGCCGCUUUUACACAACAUCAGUUGGAUCAGGUGCUUUACGGCAAGAACGCAGUCGAAUGUUUGAACCACGGAAUUGAACGAAUUUUGGCACCCAACAACCAACCGCCUCAUAUAGACAGCACCAAUCUGCCGCAAGGUCUUGAACUACGCCGGACAAAUACGGGUGGAUUUGUACAAUACGGCGUCUUCUGUUCUGAUUCAACAUUUAGCAAGGGAAUUCGCUUCGGACCAUUUCAGGGUAAAAUCGUCAAUACAAGCGAGAUAAAGAGUCACGAUGAUAACACAUACAUGUGGGAGAUUUUCAAGGACGGACGUCUCGAUCAUUUCAUAGAUGGCAGAGGAGCCUCCGGUGAUUGGACAGCGUAUGUAAAUUGUGCUAGAUUUGUUCAUGAACAAAACCUCGUUGCUCUUCAAGAAAAAGAUCAAAUAUGGUACGAGGUUUGCAGAGAUAUAAAAAAGGGGCACGAAUUACUUGUUUGGUAUGGAGAUUCACAUAUACAAUUCAUGGGUAUACCUAUAGGUCUAAAGAAUGAUAAUAAGACUGAAACAACAACUGUUAGUACCGUUAUGGAGAUAACGUCAGAAAAUAUCGAAGGCUUCCAGUGUGAAAGAUGUGGAAAAGUAUUCGCCUAUAAAUACUACAGGGACAAACAUUUGAAAUAUACUAGGUGCGUUGACAGGGGGGACAGGAAAUUCCCUUGCCACCUAUGUUCUAGGUCAUUCGAGAAGAGGGAUCGGCUUAGGAUUCAUAUUUUACACGUACACGAAAAGCACCGUCCUCAUAAAUGUACAGUUUGCGGCAAGAGCUUCAGCCAAUCAAGUAGUUUAAAUAAGCACAUGAGAGUUCAUAGUGGAGAACGCCCCUACAAAUGCGUCUACUGCAGCAAAGCGUUUACCGCUUCCAGUAUUUUACGAACUCACAUUAGACAGCAUUCUGGAGAGAAACCGUUCAAGUGUAAACAUUGCGGCAAAGCUUUCGCUUCGCACGCGGCUCAUGAUAGUCAUGUUCGUCGAACGCAUUGUCGUGAUAAAACGAAUUGCUCUUUGUGCGGAAAAUCGUUCGCGCAGGCUUACGAGCUAAAGUUUCACAUGAGUCAACACGCAGGUUAGUAAUUUUCUGACAAAUUCGUCUCAUCUUUACUCUAUUCACUUAAUUUUCGCUUAAAGCUUUCUUACUCGUUUUUCGUCCGUUCUUUAUUUUUUUCUACAGAUGUUGACGAAAGGGGCCUCCAGUUCAGAAUACCGGAUAUUAAUAUGAAUAGUAAAGGGUGAAUACAUCACCAAUCCUAAUUCAAUUAUGAUGUAAUUAAUAUAAUAUAUGCCGUAUAUAUAUAUAUAUGUAUAUAUUUUGAUGUACGUGCAUAUAUGCAGGUAUUAAUGAUAGUUGAAGCAUGUAUAUAUAUAUAUGUAUACUGUAUAUGCUAUAUAUAUAUAUAUAUAUAUAUAGGUUGUGUAUAUGUAUUUAUAUAUAAGUAUAUGUACGUAUAUAUACACUUAUAUAAAAUGUCAAUGAAUAAAUUAUCCGCGAUCGGAGUGCGAAAGACGAGGCGGAUAAUUGUCGUUUUUCAAUGUACGAGAUGAACUUUGCAACAGUAAUUGCACCAAAUGUUGACACUCUGUCCCAGUGGAGCAGAUCUUUUCUACUGCAAAGACUCGCCACCCAAAUUGAAGCCCUUACCCCGUAUGUAUAUUUUGCUGUCCGGCUAUAAAAAUGCUGACGAGCGGAUCGAAAACGGAUUUGCGACUAAUGUAAACAAAUUGACGUCUCAAGUCGGUAACGUCUCCGAACGCCUAGAGUGUUUAUUGCUUUCAGGCGUCAUCUGGUGGACGCUAUUUUGAUUUUCUUUUCUUCUCUUCUUUUCUACUCAAUUAAUAAUUUAUUUCCUUCUGCUGUAAUCGGAACCAACUCGCAGGUCAAUCAUUUCCAUUGCGCAAUCGUAAAGUCCGUUCACAGUCUGUCAAGGAUUGAAAUGUAUUUAUUAUUUUAACAAAAUUUUUUGUUUCUUAAAAUUAAUGCAAUAUUUUUUAAUUAAACAAAAAAAAGUAAAGGAGAAUACAAGCAAUUUUAUUUUUGAAAACUUACUUGCUCUUCUAUUAAUCUUUUCAGAUAAAUAUCAUCUUUUACUCUUAGAGACGGCUGGUAAUUUUUAAAUUUAAGUGACGUCGAUGCAUCUUCAGCUGAUGGCAAUUUCUUCCUUUUAAAAGUCGUAACCUUCUGCCCAAUUUCCGCUUGAGGAACCGCUUCAUCCUCUACAGUCGCCUGUACAUCGGACAUGCAGAAAAACGAGCAAUUAAUUAUCAGCGCCAUCUUGUGGCUAUGUCUGAGAAAUAAAAAAAGAGAUACGAACGUCAUCGAGAGAUAUACCCCUUAAUGCUGUCUCUAAAGUCAAGCUGAUGCCCUCAUUUGGUUUAUGCAACAUAGUCCUAAAAGCCGAAACGGGCCUGCUAAUAGGAGGAUUGACAUAGGAAGGCUUUAAGCAGGGCAGGGCAGGGGUUUGCUCCUUGAAGGAGGAGAACUUUGGCAUUUCCGAUUCGCGUUUCCGUUUCCGACCGAACAAAUGGGUUGGGUAGGUGUUUGCUGUGCGUUUUUCCCGCUGUACGUGCUCUCUCCACAAAUCUGUGUCAUUCCUGACUUGGGAUGAAUCGAUUUGACCCUGAACAAGUAACUUGCGAACUCUCAUCCGUUCUCUUUCACGUCUUUCUUUCUCCUUAGAUGCCUCCCUAAUCUAAAGAGAAAAAAGAGCAGUAUAUAAGUGUAAGUAGAAGAAGAUAUAUAAAUUUAUAUAUAUAUGUUCAAGUAUAUACAGUAUGUACGUAUGUACAUAUUUAUAGAAAUAUAGGCUAUAGAUUGCAGAUUGAUACAGAAUGUAUACUGUAUCAAACAUUUAUAUGUUAAUUAUGUUUAAGAGUUCAUCAAUCUAAUAAAGAUAAUUAUUAUUGUUAUUGAUUA